AUGGAAGGAAAAACCAGCACGGAGUGGGCUCUGCUUUUCCCGCUGAAAGCCGGAUUAUUCUCGAUGAAGUCGUCGACAGUGACGCGUUCCGCGGAGCGCAUCAAGAAAAAACCGGCGAAAAACACCAACCACGUGAGACUGGUGAUGCGUCGCGGAUCCAGCAUGUCGGAUUUGGAUAAGGUGGCCGCGAACGCUUUGCCGGACCUCGUCAGGUCCACCACGGCCAACCAGCACUUGUCCGCAUCGCCCGCAAGCGUCCCGCAUAGUCCCUACUUGUCGAGAUCCUACAUGAGCAGCCGUACGGUCAGCGUGCAGGGCAGCAUCGGGGAUCUUAUGAACCAGAAAAAAUACGGAAGCAGUCAGUGGAGCAUAAGGAGUGAGACCUUGAUUGCUCGUACUGUUCCUUUGUCCACUGUGACGCCGAGGCAUUCUCCGCCUCCUUGCAGUGAGGAUGGGAUGUUUGAGGAUGAGUUUGAUGAUGUUUCAGGACCUCUAACGGUGGCGCAAAGAACCCAAAGGCUGUCCAGGCUUAUUAAGCAACAAAGGAGUAGCUUAUCAAGGCGACAUUAUUUGUAUUUACCAAAUGUAUUGUUUGAACUAUGUGUCUUGAACCUGUAG